ACUUCCGCCUUGUCUUCUUGGGUCUCUCUAACUCUCUUAGCGAGUGCGGACUGUUCGCCUCCAACUCUGAAAGCCUUCGUUGGCCCCGGCUUCCCUGGAGGCCUUGGGUGGGAUGAGUACGGCACUCAGCGGAGGGGUGCGGACGCUGCGGGUGCCCGGCCGCCACGGCUACGCAGCAGAGUUUUCCCCAUAUCUGCCGGGCCGCCUGGCCUGCGCCGCCGCGCAGCACUACGGCAUCGCGGGCUGUGGAACCCUGCUAAUAUUGGAUCAUAAUGAAUCUGGCCUUAGGAUUUUUAGAAGCUUUGACUGGACUGAUGCUUUGUUUGACGUGACCUGGAGUGAGAACAAUGAGCAUGUGCUGGUCACCUGCAGCGGCGAUGGCUCCUUGCAGCUCUGGGACACCGCUGGAGCCGCGGGGCCUCUGCAGGUCUACAAGGAGCACACUCAGGAGGUGUACAGUGUUGAUUGGAGUCAAACCAGAGGUGAACAGCUUGUGGUGUCUGGCUCAUGGGAUCAAACUGUCAAACUGUGGGACCCAACUGUUGGAAGGUCUCUGUGCACCUUUAAAGGCCAUGAAAGUAUCAUUUAUAGUACAAUCUGGUCUCCCCACAUCCCUGGUUGCUUUGCUUCAGCCUCAGGUGAUCAGACUCUGAGAAUUUGGGAUGUGAAGACAACAGGAGUCAGAAUUGUGGUUCCAGCACAUCAGGCAGAAAUUUUGAGUUGUGACUGGUGUAAAUACAAUGAGAAUUUGUUGGUGACAGGGGCAGUUGAUUGUAGUUUGAGAGGCUGGGACUUGAGAAAUGUACGACAACCAGUAUUUGAACUUCUUGGUCACACGUAUGCUAUUAGGAGAGUGAAAUUUUCACCAUUUUAUGCUUCCGUGCUGGCUUCUUGCUCCUAUGACUUUACUGUAAGAUUCUGGAACUUUUCAAAGCCUAACCCUCUUCUUGAAACAGUGGAACAUCAUACAGAAUUUACUUGUGGUUUAGACUUAAGUCUUCAGAGCCCUACUCAGGUGGCUGACUGUGCUUGGGAUGAAACAAUAAAGAUAUAUGAUCCUGUUUGUCUUACCAUGCCUGCUUGAGAUAAACUGCUCCAUUCAGAAACAAAGGAUAUUGGCCAAAGAACUGCUUAACAGGAAAUAAAUUAUUGAUAUCGUAGAUUUUAUGCUUUUAUAUACAAUUGAGAUUUCAAAUCUUAAAAUUUAUUCUGGAAUCAGUUUUGAGGCAGCUGAUAAAGACUUUGGUCACUUCUUAAGCCUGGUACAGAAGCCAUAUUUCUUAAAAUUCUAAGGAAUAAAUGAUCUUAUGGUAUAUCUUAUAUAUAUCUAUUAAAAUGUAACCUCUCUAUUAUAAAAUGGAUUAAAAUAUGAGAGAUCUGUAGAUUAUAUUGAAAGUGACAUAUUUCAUUUUUAAUUUGUCAUUUUUGUUGUAAAAUAUAAUCACUGCUGUUGGUAAAAAUCACAAUAAACUGGUAUCUCUUCUUGA